AUGCGCCGUUCCAUCUAUACUGAUCUGCGACUAGGCAUGCCGGUCCUCGUGCUUUGCGCAGGAAAAGUAACUGAUGAUGAGAUGAAUUUUAUUCAAUCUUUGAAUGAUGAGCCCGCCAUAAUUGAUUUUAACUCAAUACCUCAUUAUUCUGCUUCAUGUACAAAAUAUAGUAUUGACAAACCAUCAAAUGUAAGAUUUCGUUUCAUAUUCUGUAAAAAACUCUCAGAAUAUUUAGAUCUUUGUCAAAUUUUAACUCGAAACAAUACAUCAGUACCAUUUUUCUCCUCUUUCGCAACUUUAGUAUUUAUUGAUUACGCUGCCAACUCAAAAAUUCAAGAAGUUAGAGAAUCUACAGCAAAGAUGAUUCCAAAACGCUUAAAUACAGGAUUCGUCUAUUUUAAUGCAACAGAAGAUCUUACGUCAUAUCACACAGAAGAUACUCACAUUUUUUUUCGAAGUUAUUCGGCAAAAGGUUUAAGAUCAAACAUUCUUCAAUUUACAGCAUCCGUUGCAUUUAAACUCCUUCUAUUUGAUCCAGAUUUUGUCAAUUUUCAAGUUCAUCAACAUUCAAAAUCCAACAAAUCAUUUUUAAUUCAGCUUGCUCCAUGCUGUAUGUCCGCAAACCCUGCAGAUACAGUUCGUAUUAUCUCAAACAUUAUUAAACAAGUCGAUCUCCAAGAAAAUCAUGUAAUUGCUUCUACAAUUUAUUAUAUUCUUGCUUUACUUGAAGUAGAGAACCCAGGAAUAGUCAAACAGAACAAAUUCUUCGAGAGAAUCACGCUCCUUGGAUGCCAGAAUACGAACCAUUGA